UCAAUGUCAUUGUCAGUUUUGCUAAUUGGCGAAGUGGAGUGUGCGGUAUUUUAUGUGCAAAAUUAAUUAUUAAUUUGAAAACGUAUUAAAACAUAAUGGGUUUCAGUGAUGGACGUAUAAUUUUAAAUAGUGAAAAUGGUGUUUAUUACCCUGGUCAGAGGCUUUGCGGCCGAUUGGAAUUUGAUCAGGAAACUGUUAAAACAUUCCGCGGUAUAUACGUAAAAAUUAAGGGCUUCUGUAAGAUACAUUGGACAACUCAGCACAGCAGACGCGAGGGGGACCGCGACGUUCAUUACACAGUCACACACGAGUCUUACGAGGAAUACAUCAGGCAGAAGAUAUACCUCGCUGGAAGUGACAGCGGCGACCAUCAUUUACAACCGGGUCACCACGUGUUCUCCUUCGAAUGUCCGAUCCCUGUCAACUGUCCCUCAUCGUUCGAGGACUCCGAUGGCCAUAUUCGGUACCAAAUCAAGAUAGUUGUGGACCGAGCUUUUAAGUUGGACCAAGAGAAGAUGGCUUUGUUCAGGAUUGUAGCUCCCGUUGACUUGAAUUUAAUUCCUUCCGUCCGUGAGCCAAUAGCUUUCGACUUUCAACAAAGCUUUUGCUGUUGGUGCGUCAGUUCAGGCUCCGCAACGACCCUGGUCAAGUUGCCAGUUUCAGGAUUCUGCCCCGGGCAGAUGAUGCCCAUCGAAGUCAGCUGUACCAAUAACAGCAAUGUGGAAAUUGAGGAGAUCGUUUUUAUGCUCACAAGGGAGACGACCUUCAGAGCUGAAAUGGAGCCGGACUCCCGCCACCGGGAAGAGGACAUCGCUGAAUUAAAGAAGGGCCCGGUGCCCGGGAACAGCUCGAGGAAUUGGGUCGUUGAGAUGUUGGUGCCCACGAUAGACGUACCUAACUUGGAUAGCUGUCGGUUCAUCGAUAUCAAUUAUAAAUUUAAGGUCAACAUCACAGUUCCAAGCUGCCACGAGGAUGAGUCAGAUUUGUGCUAUAUCACCAUCGGAACUAUACCACUAGUUGGCUUCCAAGAUGAUGUAGGGAAUCCCUUACAAGACCAGUUACCUAAAAUCCAAGAUAUACCUCAAAAUACUUGUUACCCACCACCUCCUGUUACGAACCAACCUUUACCCAACUCGUAUCCGAAUGUACCUCAGUAUCCGGGUAACAAUGCUCCAUACCCUGGUGCAAAUCAACCCUACCCCGGUGCAAUUCAACCCUACCCCGGUGCUAAUCAGCCUUACCCUGGUGCCAAUCAACCAUACCCAGGCGCAAACCAGCCGUACCCUGGUGCUAACCAACCUUUCCCAGCUUCCAACCAGCCCUACCCUAACAACGUACCGUACCCCAACGCCAAUAUGCCAGCAUCACAGCCAGUUCCUAACGUGCCGUACCCAAAUAGUUCCCCGUACCCAGGGAGUGAAGGACCAAAGUUCACCGUGCCCACAGCUGGGACGACGUUGUUGAAGGCUGGUGAUUUUGGUUUCACUGGUCACGCCGGCCCGGCGCCAGACCCGGUCACCAUCCCGCUGCUGCCGCAGGGAGCCAACGUGCCUUAUCCGAGACCGGCCAGCCCGUACUCCGCGGCCACGGCGCCUGAACCCGCCACGCCGGACUGCGAACCGAGUCCGGCCUACAACCCGAACUACCGCGAGAAAGAUUCGACAAACAAACAAAACUGAAUACGUCCACACGACAACACACCUCACCGCUAUUAGUUUAAGAUAUAAUUUAGUACAUUACAUUAUGUAAUAAUAAAAGGUCGCUGCCGAAUUAAUUUAAUUAAAAUCGGUUCCGACGAAAUUUUAAUCGUGACGAUUUUUUUAUCCUUAGUACUUGUAAUAAUCCGCAGAAGUCUUAUUUGCAUGUUAUGGGAACAGUGGCGUUGUAAUACAAGAGCACAUUUUAAUAUGUUAAUAUCUCGUAUUUAUAUUAAGGAUAAUACUGCGACAACUCAAUGUAACCGAUUUCUCGAUAUAAGUUUUUAAAUGGUUAUUAAUCGCGAGAUCACCGAUUCGAUACUAUUUAAACACACUAUAUGUACAAUCAUUUUGAAAAUCACGUAUAAGACUUCGCAAAAUGCAAAAGCAAUAAAUCGAUGUAUUGACAAUACAUACACAGGUACUCGAUGCUACCGAUUACGUAAAAUAUAUCGUCACGAUUAAAAUGAAUUUUACCAUAUUUUUUUUUUACUUUUUAAAAGUAUUUUUAUUUUUAUAUACAUGCGUGUUAACAGAAUUAUAUUGUUAAUAGAAACGUUGACGUUUUAAGAUGAUAUUAUUGAAGGAAAUUUGAAAAUGAAUGUGUUUCACAUCUUCCGGUGCCAUGUUAGAACUACCUCAGAUUAUAAAUCGCGCAAUUUUUAUAAAUGACUAUUUACUACGCACACUCCUAUAUUUUUAGUGCAAACUUUUUACAUCACGUAUUUUUCGAAUAUUAAAUUUAUUUUUAAACUGUUUUAAAUUUAUAUAGAUUAAGUAAAUUUUUUUUUAACUCACAACUAUUUACACAGUUAUACAUACGGUUUAAUAAAGAGGUAAAAUCCAAUAAUCGAAUCUUACGAGUCUGUUAGCAAGUUUUAACUAUAGCGCCUUCUAUUGACCGUGGUAAGAACUACCCAACCGUUAUUUCUAGAAAGGUUUCUUAAAGACAAAUUUCCAACAAAAACAGGGUUGUAAAAACUAGUACACCGAAUAAGAAUUAAAUGCUUAUCAAAACAUCGUAGAACAAUACGAUCGCCAAGCAACUGUAACGGGGAGAAGUUGUCUCAUGUCAAUUGCCUCAACUCUACUGAAUCGAAUUCAAGGAAAUCGAUACAGGGUUUUUGAAAUCAAAUACAGUAAUCCCAAUCCCCCUUACAACACAGUACUCUUAUACCGCAUGUUCAUAUUACGCGAUUUCAGUCCCUCGUAUAACACGGGUAUUCCCCUAUAUAACGCGGAUGUGUUCCACGCGCCGUCCCUAGCUAUUGUUUCUCCAUCGAGAUAAAGUUCAAUAAACAAAGACGUAUCUUAACGCUUUUGUUUAUUGAAGUGUUCUGCCGAACAACUAUAGGACGAGCAUGGUGGUGGGCGAUACUCACGCUUGCUCAUCGAUGCUAAUUUUGAGUGUGUCGCUCGCUACUGCGACCCCGGUGCGGCCAAAACUCACAGACGAUCACACGAAAAUACCACUGGCAAAAAUUCUAGGGUCGGCAGACUAAAGCACAUAAGUCAAAAUUUUCAGUUUAUUUUUUAUUACAUCAUCGGUUUACAUUUUGCUCAACACACAAUCUGACUAAAGCACAUAAAUCAAACUCAAGUAUUUCAUGGUGUAUUCAAGCGGCGUUCUGUAUCAACCUUAUCAAAUCCUAAUAUAGUCAAACGAACUAAAAAACAUAACUGGACUUAUGUUCUAAGGAACACCAUAAGUACAAAGUUAUUAACGUAAGAAGUCUGACUUAUGUUAUAAAGAACAUCAAAAUGUAACAUUUCUUUAGAGAAAGUAGUUACUUAAAAAUAUUUAUAACGUAAACAAUACUUCGGUAAGUGGUUUUAAUUUACUAAUGUUGUCGAUUGUGCACAGUUUGUUGGUUAGUUGUGUUAGUUAGUUGUGUGUGAGUGCUUAAAUAUUUUAAUUAUUUAAGAUGAAUAUUCAAAGAUGCAAGAAAUUAGUUGAAAUGGCGUUAUCCACUCAUCUGGAAAGCAAUGAAGGUAUAUUUUCACAUAUCUUCAAAAUUAUGAUUUGCAAAUUACGUAAUUAUAUCAAUAUUAUAUCAUUAUAAAUAGAUGAUUGUCUUGUCCUUUUUUAGAAAAUGUAAAUCAACAGUCGAUUUUGAACACAGAGAACCUAGUGGUAGACGAUCCUAUACCGUCGACAUCAUCAGGUCAAGUCAGUAGUUUAACAUACCAUCCUGUACUUGACUUCUCUAGUGAUGAUUCUGUACGAGAUCCAUGUUAUGAAUUACCGAGACUUUCAACCACAUCAAGUUCAAGUACUUGUGAUGAAAUUUCAAUUAAUCUUAAUGUGUCUCCAAAAAAGAGUAUACGUACUAUAAAAAGAGAAAAAAAAUUAAAACGUAACUUAGGACAGGCAUACAAAACAUUAAAAGGAAAAUGUAUAUCAGAUCGCACUAUGAAAGAGCUACCUGUUUGCAGAAUGAAAUGUAAAGAACGUAUACCACUAAUUGAUAGGCAUGCCAUAUUUACAGAAUAUUGGCAAAUGGGGUCAUAUGCAAAAAGAUCUGCAUACAUGGCGUCUUUAAUGGAAAUUAAAGAUAAAUCUACGCAAAGAAUACGAGCUAUUGAACCUGAAAAGCAAAAGCUUAGAAUGAAGACAUAUAAAUACUUUUUUACUGUGCAUGGUAAACGUGAACCUGUCUGCCGAGGAUGUUUAAUGAAAACGUUAGAUGAAAGUGACAAUUUUAUAAAGACAGUUGCUAUGAAAAGGAGAUCAUCCAUAGGGGGUACUCAAACUGAUGACAUGCGAGGGAAAACAAUUCCUAAGCAUAAGAUAUCAAACGAAAAACGCCUAGAAAUUAAGACACAUAUCAUGUCAUUUCCAUCAUACGAAAGUCACUAUACGAGAAAGUCUACAUCAAAGAAGUAUUUGCCAUCUCACUUAACAAUGCAAAAGAUGUUUGAGUUAUUUUGUCAAGAUCGGAAUAAUCCACCUUCAAUCAAAAUCUAUAGUCAGGAAUUUCACAAAUUAGGACUUUCAUUUAAAAAACCGCGUGUCGAUACUUGUUACACUUGUGACAAGUUUAAGAUGCAGAUACAGUUGUGUCAAGAGGAAUCUGUUAAAAUAGAUCUCAUACUUCAACAUGAUAACCACAAAACGCUAGCUGAUCAAGCCUAUGACAUGAAACGAGCUGACACGCUAAUGUGCAAGAAUGAUGACACGUUACAGGUGUACACAUUUGAUUUACAGCAGUGUUUGCCAACACCAGCUCUAAGUUCUUCUGUAGCCUUUUAUAAACGGCAAUUAUGGACGUUCAAUUUAACUGUCCACGACAACAAAACUGGUAAAGCUGUUUGCUAUGUGUGGCACGAGGCGGUAGCAGCUCGGGGAGCUAACCAAAUCGCUUCUUGUAUUUACAAGCACUUAGAAACAUCCGUAUCUGAUAAUACGAAACAUAUAAUUUUUUACUCGGAUACAUGCGGUGGGCAAAAUAGGAAUUCCCAUGUCAGUUGUAUGUUUACUUGGGUAUUGCAAAAACAUCGAGCUAUCAAAACAAUUGACCACAAAUUUAUGAUACCUGGCCAUAGCCAUUUAGAAGUAGAUACCGAUCAUGGCAUCAUAGAAAAAAAAAAGAAGAAAACGGAAUUACAGGUAUUUCAUCCACAUGAUUGGAUACAGUUGAUCCGGUCUAGCAGCAAAAAGUUUAAGGUUGUUGAAAUGAAAAAUACAGACUUUUAUGACUUUUCAUCCCUCCUCAAAAGUGCUUUAGUUUUAAGAAAUAAAGAUACCGAUGGGCGGCAGUUUAAAUGGCUGGAAAAAAGAUGGCUACGCUAUGAGCAAGAAUUUGGCAUUCUCACUUAUAAAGACACCCUGAAUAUAGGUUCGCCUUUUUCUACCUUUAACUAUAAAAGAAGAGGGUCCAGUGUUCCUGAUCAUAUUCCUAUAAUAUCUAUACAGUCAUUACCCAUAUCCAUCGAGAAAAAAAAUGAUUUAAUUUCGCUGCUCCCUUUAAUACCGGAUAUUUUCCAUGAAUUUUACGUAAGUCUUCCCACGUUGGAAACUUUACGAAAUACUGAUCCAGAUAUUUUAGAACUCGAUGAAGAAGUAGAAUUUUAAUUAAACAUUGAGUUGUUAUUUAUAUUUAUGACUUAUAUUAUUAUAAUAUAUAUCUUAAUUGUUGAUCUUUUUCACUUAACUCAUACUAUUAUUGUGUUCCUUAUAACUUAAGUCAUCUAAAGAUUAAAUAAUCACAUUUACUUUAAAAUAUUUAAUUUUAAUAAUAAGUUAGUGUUAUAGACUUAUAUAAUUCAAAUAAACAUUAUUAAGUUUGUUAAUGUAUAAGAUUCUAAAUAGUUUUUUUUAAUUCCUGUAAAGUAGAGUUUUUUGACUUAUGUGCUUUAGUCUGCGGACCCUAGAAUUGUAAUAUGCGUAAUUACUGGUCGGUUGAUGUCGAUGAACUCCGGUGGUCACUUAAUACCAGGUGAGUCGCGAACAAGUCCACUUAUCCAUACAUCUUAGCAAUAAGAAAAAAAAAAAUAUUUUUACUUAUUGAUUGCAUUUAGUGUUUAGUAAGACUUAAAAAUCAGUGAGAACAUGGCCUAACUUAAAUACAUACUAUUGUAACGGUAUAACCUUUAAGUUAUUUGAAAAGUUGUACAACUAUCUUAAACUUAAAAUAGUAACAAAAGUACAAAAUAAAUUUUAUAUAAUACAUUUAAAUAUACAAAUAUUUUUACAUAAUUUUAAGAAAACUUAAGUAAUUCUUAAACGACUUAACAAGUUCCAAAUUGUGUUCAAGAGUGCUUGGAGUUUCAAGAGUCCUUCCAACUCAAAACGUUGUAAGUCGGUCAAGCUAGAAAAACUACUAAGAGGUUUAAUAUUAAUUCUGAAAAUAGUAAGUUUGGCUUUAAUUGCACCUCGUCGCUUAAUAAGAGUAUCUAAAUCCUCAGAAUGUUGGCUCAUAAUGUAUUAUAAUAAGCAAAAUAAACAGAAAUAAUAAGAAUAAUUAAAUAAGAAUUAAAGAAUAAGAAUGAAUUUUGAUUGUAAGAUGAGGGUAGUUUUUAUUUUGGCAAAUUGAGGCGAAAAUUAGGUAAAAAAUUGAAUGCGCUAAACGGCAAAAAUAUGAGGGAAUAAAGGUUGUCUGAUUGGAACGAACUCACUCAGGUAUGCAAUCCGUCCAAUAUUCCGAAGUCCAAUAUUCACGACUCCUUGCAGCUUCAACGUAGUGAACAGUAAAACGUCCGUUCGUUUUUAAAUGGCCAACCAACGCCGACAGUUUGUUGUACAGGUUUUAUUCCGGUGAGUUUUAAGCUGACAAAACUAAAGGACCAUGUUUCGAACUGCUCUGGGGUAGACCGGUGAUGUAUAAAAUAAAAGAGUGGACUGUAGUAUUUGGUAAGUUUAUAAAAAGAGUAAAACAAGAUAAACAAGUAAGUGUCGCGGGCGGCGUUGCUGCACGAAGUGACGAAGCCGGUGUCAAUCCGCUACCCCGCGCCGCUGUCCUCCUCCCGGCGCCCGCGCCGCUGUCCUCCUCCCGGCGCCCGCGCCGCGCGAUCGUCGAUGUCCGUGCAUCGACAAUAUUUUUUUUUUUCUUUUUUUUUUAUUGCCUUUUUAGGCAGACGAGCAUACGGCCCACCUGAUGGUGAGUGGCUACCGUCGCACAUGGACCUCAGCAAUGCCAAGGGCAGAGCCAAGCCGCUGCCUACCGCUUAAUACUCUCCACAAGCCUCGUUUUCCUCCAAUUUCAUGUCGGGCUCACUUCCUUGUCGUGUCAGUAAUCGUUUUCGGGAGAUAACUAAAUUUCGAUGAAAUGUUACCAUUGUUUACUCUAAGGCGAUUUUACUCGUAUAAAUAAAUACACAAAACCUUUUUAUUAUUAUAUGAUACUUAUUGUAUUUUGCGCACUGGACGUGUCGCUGACGUGCCUAUUUUAAAAAAAAAUUCUUAUUGAUAACCUCAUCUUACCUCAAAUUUGAACGUAUAUUAAAUUAUUAAGAAAUUAAUUAAUUAAUUGAUAUUUUAUAGAGCGCUUUUUUUGAAAUGGCAAAUUAUACAACACAUAUAAAGUGUUCAAAAAUUUUAGUAUGUUACUUGUAUUAAAUGCUGACAUAUAGAUAUUUUGUAUUAUAAUAUUGUAAUAAAACUAAAAUAUGUCGUAUGUAACAAAAAUCUUGUUCGAUCCGAUACUUAGCAAUGUUAUCUAGAAAUAUAAACCAUAUUUGGUAAUAAAAUAUUAUAGAGAUUAACUGCCCUCAACUAAUCAAUAAGUUUCAACUCAAUGAACAUAGAAAAAGAAAAAUAAUAAACGCUUCAACAUGCAACACGUAAACAAUUUCAAAAUGAUGCUUUGUUUUAUCGAAUCAAUUUUCAAGUUCAGUUUAAAUAAUUUUCAAAACUGCUAUCGUAAUAUUAAAGUUUAAGGAAUAAAAUCAUCGGCCACUACAAAAAACAGUAUAUUCGAAACUUUGUAAUGGUAAAAUGCAUACCUACACUGAAUACGGGAAUUAGUCGUGUUUUAAACAAGUCUAUACUUCGAAUGAUGGCGAAAACUUCUAGAAAAUAAAUACAGGGUUCCCAUAUUGAUAGCAUUUUAAUAGAAAUUUAAUAACGGAAUUUUAAUAGAAUUUUAAUUAUGAUAUAAGUUUAACGUUUCCGUGCCUUCUGGAUUGAACACGACUUUUGUUACACCCUAUAUUUUUGUUUUUGUGUUUACCGUGUCGAAUACGAAUGAAUCGAUUUGAUUUAUCAAUAAAAAGAGAACAAAA